GCGCGUUAAUGGGGCCGGCGGCACGCGUUGUGACAUCACCAAACCCCGAUAUUACAACCAAUUCCAUCGACUCUCGACAUGGCGGGCUCCUCCAAACCUCCAGAGAAGAGACAGGCUUCUCUCACCAGCUUUUUCACACCCAAAACCGUCAAUGGCCUCACCCAGAGGCUGCAGAGCUCCCCGGCCCGCCCCAAACCCCAGGACUCCGAUCUAGUUCCCGCUGCCAAAACGUCGCCCGUGCCAGAAUCUAGCCGAAAACGGCCCCUUCAAGAGAAUACCGAUAAAGGAAACGAGACUCCUGAUCGUGCCAAGAAGCGUACCAAGGCGGGGUCUGCAGCUGGCGUCAUCAGGGCUGGAGACGACACGCCCUCGAAGCCAGCAGCCAAGGCGUCUACAACCGCUUGCGCCUCCACCGCCGAGCUCCCAAACCCGAGCGGCAGAACGGAGCGAUAUAUCUACGAUGCUGCCGCUGCGGCUACCGCUCGCUCAAGCGGAGUCAGGCACGAGAGUGAUGAAGACGGUGAUCAAAAUGCGGCGACACGACGCGAGAAAGAGGCACUGCACAAGAAGUUCGUCAAGAAGCUCGGCCACCCCGACAGCAUGGCCAUGAUCAGGAGGCGCAACUUCCAAGCCGAUGCCGACACGGCUGCCGUGCAGGGCGAAGACGGCGAAGCUGACGACGAUGCCGACGAGGAAGAACCGGCACCGCCGUCCAAAACCAAGAAAAAGGGGGCCAAGACGGGCAAGCUGACGCCAAUGGAGAUGCAGUUCCUCGAGAUCAAGAGGAAGCACAUGGACACGCUCUUGAUUGUCGAAGUCGGCUACAAAUUCAGGUUCUUUGGCGAAGAUGCUCGCAUAGCCGCAAAGGAAUUGAGCAUAAUGUGCAUCCCCGGCAAGUUUAGAUAUGACGAACAAGAUCCUUCCGAAGCUCACAUUGAUCGCUUUGCUUCUGCAAGCAUACCUGUCCAUCGUUUGUCCGUCCAUGCAAAGCGUCUUGUCGCCGCUGGUCAUAAAGUUGGCGUCGUCCGGCAGAUCGAGACGGCAGCCCUAAAGAAGGCUGGAGACAACCGCAAUGCUCCUUUUGUUCGAAAGCUCACGAGCGUUUACACCAAGGGCACCUAUGUUGAUGAGACCGGCGAGCUUGAUCAGACUAGCGAGAAUACAGGGGCUCCAUCGGGGGGCUAUUUGCUCUGUCUCACCGAGUCGCCCGCUAAAGGUUCGGGAACUGAUGAGAAGGUUGACGUCGGAAUCGUUGCUGUGCAGCCUGCAACGGGCGACAUCAUUUACGAUAACUUUGAAGACGGUUUCAUGAGGCGUGACAUUGAGACACGGCUGCUCCACAUCUCCCCAUGCGAGUUUCUCAUUGUCGGCGAGCUCACCAAGGCCACCGACAAGCUCGUGCAGCACCUCUCCGGCAGUAGAACCAAUGUCUUUGGUGACAGGAGCCGCGUGGAACGCAUUCCCAAGAGCAAAACUAUGGCGACAGAGGCGUCCUCGCAUGUCACGCAAUUCUACGCCGGCAAGAUGAAGAACAAUGAUGAACGCACGGCUGCCCUCCUAGACAAGGUUCUGAAACUGCCAGAGGCUGUCACGAUAUGUCUAUCAGCCAUGAUCAAGCACCUGACCGAGUACGGCCUAGAACAUAUUUUUGACCUUACAAAGUAUUUCCAGUCCUUCAGCACGCGGCAGCACAUGUUGAUCAACGGGACAACGCUAGAAAGCCUCGAAGUGUACAGAAACGCAACCGACCACUCGGAAAAGGGGAGCCUCCUGUGGGCGCUCGACAAAACUCAAACCCGCUUUGGCCAGAGACAGCUGAGGAAAUGGAUUGGCCGGCCCUUGCUUGACCAGAAACGAGUUGAAGAGCGCGUGGCCGCCGUCGAAGAGCUUCUUGAGAGCCAGUCCACCUCCAAGGUGGAUAAGCUGAUUGGUAUGCUCAAGUCAAUCAAAGCGGAUCUCGAGCGCAGUCUCAUCCGCAUAUAUUACGGGAAGUGCACUCGGCCCGAGCUUCUGUCGACACUCAAGACAUUACAGAAGGUUUCUAUGGAAUUUGCCCGGGUCAAGUCCCCAGCAGAUACGGGCUUUAGGUCGCCGCUGAUUAGCGAGGCAAUCUGCUCGCUUCCUGCAAUCGGUGAUAUUCUAACGUCAUACCUCGACAAAAUCAAUCCUGAAGCCGCGAAGAAGGACGACAAGUACACAUUCUUCAGGGACGAAGAAGAGACUGACGACAUCACAAACCACAAGCUCGGCAUCGCAGCUGUUGAACAGGACCUCGAUGCUCACCUCAAAGACGCGGCCGCAAAGCUGUCGAGGAAGACGCCAAUCACUUAUGUUACGGUCGCUGGCAUCGAGUACUUGAUCGAAGUCUUAAAUUCCGAUCUCAAGCGCGUCCCUGCCUCGUGGGCCAAAAUUAGCGGCACCAAAAAGGUGUCGCGCUUCCACACGCCGCAAGUCAUGAGCUGGAUCAGCGAGCGCGACCAGCACCGGGAGGCCCUUGCCGCUGCCUGUGAUGCCGCGUUCAAGGACUUGCUCCAGUCCAUCGCGGCCGAAUACCAACCCUUCCGUGACGCUAUUGCUUCGCUCGCCACACUCGACUGCCUGCUCUCAUUUGCCCAGGUUGCCGCGUUGCCAGGCUACAGCAAGCCCACCUUCCUUCCAGACUCAGCGCCGCCGACCAUCACAAUCGCCCAGGGCCGCCACCCGAUUGCCGAGCACACCCUGCCCAAUGGCUACAUUCCGUUCACGACAUCGCUCACGGCGCCUGCACCGCUCGCGCACCUCAUCACGGGACCCAACAUGGGCGGCAAGUCGAGCUACGUCCGCGCCGUUGCGCUGCUCGUGCUUCUCGCCCAGGUCGGCUCCUUCGUGCCCGCAGCCGCCAUGACGCUAACGCUCGCCGACGCCAUUCACACCCGUAUGGGCGCGCGCGACAACCUGUUCGCCGGCGAGAGCACCUUCAUGGUCGAGGUGUCUGAGACAGCCGCCAUCUUGCGCUCCGCGACGCCACGCUCCCUCGUCGUCCUCGACGAGCUCGGCCGCGGCACGAGUACCCACGACGGCGCCGCCAUCGCCCACGCCGUGCUCGAGCACGUAGUCCGCGAGACCAAGUGCCUGACCCUCUUCAUCACGCACUACCAGAACCUCGCCCGCGUGGCCGAUGGCCUCGGCGACGGCCGUAUUAAGUGCGUCCACAUGAGCUUCACGGCGCAGCGCCGUGGCAGUGCCGACGAGAAGAAUACCAAGAAGCCCAUCGCCGACAGCAAGACAGGGGAUAUGGACAGCGGCGACGAUAAUGACGACGACGAAAUCACCUUCCUCUAUGAAGUCGCCGAGGGCGUCGCCCACCGCUCCUACGGGCUGAAUGUGGCGCGCCUCGCCCGCAUCCCGCGCAAGGUCCUGGCCGUCGCCGCGCUCAAGUCGUGCCAGCUCGAGGACGAGAUGAGAGCCCGCCGCCUGCGCGGCGCGGCCAAGCUGCUCGAAGACGUGCUGCGUGAUGGGCCUGACCAGCUCGACCAUCUGAUCUCGAGCUUGGAGCAACUCUAA